AUGGCAACUCAGCAAACAGCUAGAACGCAGUAUGUCCAGUCCCCAAAUGGCGCUAAAUACGCCUACCGUCAGAUCGGGGCUGGCUUUGGCACACCACUUGUUGUCUUGACCCAUUUUCGUGGUACAAUGGAUAAAUGGGAUCCUCUUCUCAUCAACAAUUUGGCUGUCAAACGCCGUGUCAUCACUGUUGAUUACCUCGGUGUCGGACUGAGUACCGGCGAAGUGGCUACCUCCAUUCGUCAGUCUGCAGCCGACAUUUCACAGUUUAUUGAGCUUAUCAAGGAACGCGAGGUUGAUCUGCUUGGGUUCAGUAUCGGAGGCUAUGUUGCCCAGAUGGUCACUCUCAACUCUGAUCCGAGCAAGUUCAAGAUUCGCAAGCUGAUCCUUGCUGGUACCGGCACCAGCUACGGGAAAGACCUAGCUCUGUCACCAAAUGACGAUGUUGGUGCAGUUGCUGGGGUCAAAGAUGUCAACAUUGACGUCUUCAAGACUUUGUUCUUCCACAAGAAUCCACAAGGUGAUGCAGCUGCAGAGGCCUGGUGGGGUCGAAUCCACGAGAGAAACCAAUCUUCCUCCGGCGAGGAGGUUUCUCAGUGGUUAAGCAGUGGAUACAUAGACCAGGGUAAAGGCAUCAAGGGCCAGGCAACUCAAGGUCAUGACUUCACCAUGAGCCCCGACACCAGUAGGGGCGAGGAUGGUGCCUAUGACCGUCUGUCAGAGGUCAACAUCCCUGUCCUAGUUGCCAACGGAAAUAACGACUACAUGAUCCCCACAUCAAACAGUUACCUUAUCUACCAGAAAGUACCGAGAGGCCAGCUCAUCCUGUAUCCCGACAGCGGGCAUGGAUUUCUUUUUCAAUAUGCGACAACCUUUGUAAAACAUGUUGAACUGUUCUUGGAGGGGUAA